UACGCCAGAGCAAGAUGGCCGACGCGGCGGCUACUGCCGGGGCCGGCGGCUCCGGAACGAGAUCUGGAAGUAAACAGUCCACUAACCCUGCUGAUAACUACCAUCUGGCCCGGAGGCGAACUCUGCAAGUGGUUGUGAGCUCCUUGCUGACUGAAGCAGGCUUUGAGAGUGCUGAGAAAGCAUCCGUGGAAACCUUGACAGAGAUGCUGCAAAGUUACAUUUCAGAGAUUGGGAGGAGUGCCAAGUCUUACUGUGAGCACACAGCCAGGACCCAGCCCACAUUGUCAGAUAUUGUGGUUACUCUUGUUGAGAUGGGAUUCAAUGUGGACACUCUCCCUGCUUAUGCAAAACGAUCCCAAAGGAUGGUCAUCACUGCCCCUCCAGUGACUAAUCAGCCAGUGACUCCCAAGGCCCUCACUGCAGGGCAGAACCGACCCCACCCACCGCACAUCCCCAGCCAUUUUCCCGAGUUCCCCGACCCCCAUACCUACAUCAAAACUCCGACAUAUCGGGAGCCUGUGUCGGACUACCAGGUGCUGCGGGAGAAGGCUGCAUCCCAGAGACGGGACGUGGAGCGGGCGCUCACCCGAUUUAUGGCCAAGACGGGGGAGACUCAGAGUCUUUUCAAAGACGACGUCAGCACGUUUCCAUUGAUUGCUGCCAGACCUUUCACCAUCCCCUACCUGACAGCUCUUCUUCCAUCUGAGCUGGAGAUGCAACAAAUGGAAGAGACGGAUUCCUCAGAGCAGGAUGAACAGACAGAUACAGAGAACCUUCCUCUUCAUAUCAGCACGGAUGAUUCUGGAGCUGAGAAGGAGAACACCUCUGUCCUGCAGCCAAAUCCCUCCUUGUCAGGAAGCCGGAAUGGGGAGGAGAAUGUCAUCGAUAACCCCUAUCUGCGACCUGUGAAGAAACCCAAGAUCCGCAGGAAGAAGUCCCUCUCGUGAGCUGAGAAGGAAGCAGGCCUUGUUAGAGGGAUGUGGACGCCGCCCUCCAGGGGGAGUUAGCCACUCGAGGGAAGAAGAGAGAGUGGCCUCUUCGUGGUCAAGCAGAGGCUGCCCAGGGUGUGAUGGGGCAUGAUUUUAAUAGCAAACUCUCUGUUAAGAUGACCUCUUCUCAUUGGAUAUUUGGGUUGAGGAAGCUACAAAGGUAAUAACUAAGUUUUCUUAAUCAGCCAGGCCAUCAUACAGGGCAUAGGAACCCAGCUGGUGACUUCAUUGAUUAUCACAAGAUUUGAUUCCUUUGAAACCUGAAGUCCAGGGAAGAUGGCAGGAAAGAAAGGUCUCUCUCUUUGUUUUGCUUACUGCCAGAAAGACUGUUUGCCUGCUUUGUGUGUCAGGAUAUCUGGACCCCUUUUACUGACUCACGAUUUGUGGCAGCUGGUUUUAUCGUCCCAGAGCUUCAUUCUUACUUCUCUCCUCACUUGGGCUCCAAGUGCCCUGUUGAUGUGAUCAGAGGUGAUUUUGUUAGAAACAGAUGGCCCUGAUGUCACAGCCUAACCUGGGCAACAUUUUCUUGAGGGAUUUAUCAGUUAGCAUCCCACUGUGGAAGGUGUGCUCAGGGGACCUUCCCCCCACCAAUUCCUGCCCCUCCUGAUAUAAGAUGUUUUCUCUGACAAGAGCCUCAUGCAGCAGAUAUAUUAUGUUGUAACUUGUUGGAGGAACCCAAUUGUAGACAACAGGAAAAGGAUAGGGUAGGGGAAGGGGUCGGGGUCAGGGUUUGAGGGCUGGGCUGGGCCUUGUCUUCUGAAAGCUGAGAAGCCUGGCCAGUCUGCUGGGAGACUACAGUGCAUGGAAGGCCUGUGUGUUCUUCCAGAAGCAGGUCUGAAUUUGUUCAACUUCUUUGUCUCCUGAGAAAGAUCCUCUGAACCAAAAAACAAUUGUGUAAGGAAGACGCCAGACAAGCUGAUGGCCUUUGGCUGAUCACUGAAGGAAAAUAUUUUAAAGCCAAAUCCAAGGAAGAAAAAUGCCAGCAACACCUGAAAGUUAACAUAAGAUAAUGGAGUUCACUGGAUUGCAUCCUAAAGUCCCUGUCGAACUUUGCAUAGACCUGGCUUCUGUGGUCAUCUCUUAAUCUUCCAUCCUCUUGUGAAUUUGAAAACUUUUUAUGAGGAACUAUGUGACCUGAUGGCAGGCCCCAUGUUCCUCUGGCCUCACUGAUCUCUAGGGCACUCCAUCCCACUGCCUGGAAGGAAAGAGCUGCUGCCAGUAACAGAAGCGGGGUGCCAGGGAAAAAUUUGGAUUCCCCAACUGGACCAAAUAAGAGUUUCUCAGGUAUUUGGUGACCUGAAACGCUUACACUUGAACAUAGACUGGGUCUGUGCUGACCCCAUAGGGUCUGUAAUUGCGCUAUUGGUGAUUGUUGGCCUGUCUAGUUUAAAUACUGUCCAGGCGUGAGCUCUGGUGGAUGCAGGGCUGAAACCAUCACAACUCUUGACAGCCAUGUUCCAGUUGGCAGGGCACAACUGUGGUACCUCUUGCCAACAAAAGCCUGGUGAACGCCAUGUCUGGGGGAUGAAGUGGGAUUUGGAGAAGAGUUACCAUUUCUGCUGCUGAGACUUCAGAGGCUGUGCUGCUGUGAGUCUGUUCUGGAUGAAAAAUAGUGGUUAGUUGACUUGAAACAUUGGCCCAAUUAUUGUGUAAAAAUUGUGUGUAAUUAACUGUAUAUUUAUAAAUUUCUAUUUUUAUAAGUUGGGAGGGGGGGAUUCUGGAAGGGAAAAUGUAGUAAACAGAGCCAGAUUAAGAAUGCAAUUGAUGAUCUCUUAAUAAAAGUUCAUAAUAAAAACUUUG